UAAACAGGUCGCUGCUACUUUAAGAGAGAGAGGACUAGGGUGGAUCCCGGCUAAAAAAAAACCGGAUGCAACAACUUAUGAAAGAGAACGCAGGUUUUUUUGACCAAGUUGGGCAGCGAGGAGAAGAUUCCGAAGAGAGGGGAGGUCAUCUCUGCUGCGAUGGUGCUGGUCCCUCUGCUCCGAGGGUGCGUCCAGCUCCUUACGCUGCCCAUCCAUGUGCUCGCCUUCCUUGGCGUCUGGGACCCGCUUUGUAAAACCACCUUCCCAUAUUUCAUGAGUAGGUUUGCUAGGCUCUACAACCAAAAACUUCACAAGGAAAAGCAGCAGCUCUUCAGCAACUUGGCAGACUUUGCUGGUGCUUCGGAGCCGCUCUCCCUGCUCGAGAUCGGCGCCGGCAGCGGAGCCAACUUCCAGUUUUACCCACCGGGCUGUCGGAUAACCUGCACGGACCCCAACCCCAACUUUGAGCAGUAUCUCCUGAAGAGCGAGGCCGAGAGCAAGCACCUUCACUUCGAGGACUUCCUGGUGGCUUCCGGGGAGAACCUGCAUCAGGUGGCCGACAGCUCUGUGGACGUGGUAGUUGCCACGCUGGUUCUGUGCUCCGUGUCCAACGUCCAGGCUGUCCUCAAGGAGGUUCUGCGAGUACUCAGACCGGGCGGUGCUUUCUAUUUCUUGGAGCAUGUGGCUGGUGAUCGAUCCAGCUGGAUCUACUUCUGGCAGCAAAUCUAUGACCCCACUUGGAAAUAUAUUGGAGAUGGGUGUUCUUUGGUAAAAGAGACUUGGAAGGACCUGGAGCAUGCGAAGUUUUCCAAACUGAACCUGCAGCACAUAAAUGCCCCAUUUAAUUGGACCCCAACUCGUCCCCAUAUUAUUGGAUAUGCCGUGAAGUGAUCACUCAGCUUUUGUCUCUUCCUUGGGAAGCACCCCUUCCCAGGCAGCAAUCUUAACAUCCAAUCAGUAGCUAGCUCUAUCCAGCUGACUGCCCAAGCAAUUAAUGCAAGGAGUGAAAUUCACAGGAAAUAUGAAUAUGAGACUGCAUUUGAAAAGUCUUCAGAAACUUCAGCUAGUUCAGAAUAUAGUGGUCAGCUUGUUAACUGGGACUCACCUGGUUAUUUCAUCUUCACUAAAAGAUCUUUUGGGGUCCCAGUCAGUGUUCCCUUUAAGGCGUGCACAUUUCUUGAUGUUCCCUCAGUCAAUUUUAGAUCCCACUUGGGUUGAAUAGGAAAGGUCCCACUCUGAAUGCAUGUAGUGAAACACUUGAUACUGCCGCUCAGAAGAAAACUCAUUCUGCACACAGAUGAAAAAGAUUAGACAGAACACUGGUCUCAGUCUGUUCCCGGAAACACUUAAAAGUGCUGGCUUUGCCUUCCAAAAGACCCAAUAUAGGUUUAAAGGUAAAGUUGUGCCGUCAAGUCGGUGUCGACUUCUGGCGAUCCCAGAGCCCUGUGGUAAACAGGAGGGGUUUACCAUUGCCUCCUCCCACGCAGUAUGAGAUGAUGCCUUUCAGCAUCUUCCUAUAUCACUGCUGCCAGAUACAGGUGUUUCUCAUAAUCUUGGGAACAUACCAGCAGGGAUUCGAGGUUUAGAGUACCUUAAAUACAGCUUCUCUCAUACAAAGCAGGUAAGAUCUAGGGGUGUGCAAUUCAGGUUUUUGGGUGAUUCGGCUCGGACCCGAACCGAAUCACCCCUGUUCUGUUUUGUGCCCGAAUCUGGGUCACCCGAAUCACCCUUGAUUCGGUUCAGAUUCGGAUUCAAUCCGAAUCCGAAUCGAUUCGGGGGUAAAAAGGGGCCCAGGGGCAAAAUUUUUGGGUGGGGUGGUAGUGCCCAAUGGGUAGAGUCUACCACCCCAAUUUCAGGGGGAUUGGGCAAAGUCCUGAUUUUUGGUGAAUUUUUGAAGUUUUAGUGACUUUGGGGCAGUUCGGGGGCAUAGCAUGGGAU